UAAUGAUAAAAGCUUCAGAAUUUCUCCUCAGUUAAAAUCAAGCAUUAUUGAAAAAUUUUUCAGAGCUCUAAGCAGAUGCUAAUCAUACUAAACCAUUGAUCUAAUUUAUGAAAGGUGAUCCAACUGAGUUUGGGCAUGAGUAAUGCAAGAUGAGUUAGAUUGGUUAUGAUAUUGUUAAAUCUGAGAUCUCUAAGUCUUAGAAUCACUCUUAUUGCCAUUCAACUGGAACUCAAGUAAAUUUAAAAUUAUAUAUAGCCUGCCAAAUAAGCUGUGGCUAAACAUUUUGGUCAUGGAAAGAACAUUACAGAAAAUGAUGUUAUUAUAACACAAGGAGUGAACUAAGGUCUUUUUUAUUGUUUGUUGGGGUUAUGUGACCCUGGUUAAAAUAUUCUUGUUCCUGAAUUAGGGUUUCCUUUUUUCGAUGGAAUAGCCUAAGCAUAUUAAGUUGAGGUAAAACAGAUGACGUAUUAUUUUAGGUUAGAAAAUAUAAAUUAUAAUCAGAUAAUAAAUGGUAAAUUGAUUUAGAGGAUUUGAAGAGCAAACUAGAUGUCAACACUAAGUUUUUAUAUGUAAUUAAUCCUUCAAAUCCUUGUGGUUCUGUAUUUUCGAAGGAACAUGUUUAAGAAAUAAUAAAUUGGGCAAAUUAAAAUCGUGUUUUAAUAGUUGCUGAUGAAAUUUAUUAUGGUAUGUCAUUUGGAGAAUUUGUUUCAUUUGGAGAAUUAGCAGAUGAAGGACCUAUAAUAUGUUUGGGAGGAAUGGACAAGAUGUUCUUCACUCCUGGAUGGUAAAUAUCUUGGAUGAUUUUUUAUGAUAAAAAUCAUUAUGCAGGUGAAAUAAAAUAAGCUAUGUUUAAUUUAUGUCAAUUGUUAUUACAUGCAAAUGUAUUUGUUAUGAAUUCUCUACCUUAAAUACUUGAUUAAUUAACAAUAUAUUAUGCUAGAGACAGAAUGACACAUUUUAAAGAAAAUCAUGAUUUUUUAAUUUAAGAACUAAAUCAAAUUAGGGGUUUAAAAUGUAUACCAGCAUAAGGAACAUUUUAUUUAGCUGUUCUUAUUGAUUUAGAUAUAUUUUAAGUUAAAAAUGACACUGAAUUUGCUAAGAAAUUACUUAAAGAAGAAAAUAUAAUGUUAUUACCAUUAUCUUGGAAUGGAACUGAAAAAUAUCAAGGAUUUAGGUAAUAAUUAUUAUUAUUUAAAGAAUGCUUACAAUAGCAACUAAAGAUAUUUAUAUUGAAAUGAUUGCAAGAUUGAAAGAGUUUGUUUUAAGAUUGUGAA